AUGGGACCUAUUGCCAGGAGGUUGACGGAGGACCUCCUUAAGCACUCGGACCCGCAACAGUUUCUACUUUGGAAGAAAGGUGUCAGUGUGAAGUGUGACUACGCAGGGAACGGCGCUGGCUACUUGGGACAAAUAAUAAUUCUCCGCAACACGAUGAGUCAAUUCGAGGCAGUUGAAGAUGGAGAUGAUGCGAACGAAUCUGUUUUAUUUUCCUCCAUCUUUACGGAGGAGACAACACGGAACGAAACCUCCUCUACAGAUAAGCUGCAGGGCAGCGGGGAACACUUUGUGCUAUGGGUGCCAGAUUCGUUUAUUGAUUUUCAAGCCCACCAUGCAGGACAGCUGGGCUCCACGACCUCCUCUGGUGUUACAACCUCCAACACGGAGGCGUUAGAGUGGAGGUACAUUAUGUGUGUGGCGGUAAACAACAUCGCGAAGGUGCGGAGAAGCACUCAACCAGAUGGAAAAUGUACGAUUAAGUUGUGCUUUCUCAACGGUGCGACAGGGCAUCCGCUGAUAUUUGUGGAAGGUGGCGUCACGAAGUUUCUUGAGGUUUUAAGAAGCAUCUCACCGUUGCGGCAGAGUUGCGUUACCGCGGAUGACUUCCUUGUCUACGCCUCUGACGAAGCAGAGGCAGGGGCCGCAGAUUGGCUUGGAAGUGCGAAUGAGACGCGACAGUGCAGCGUUGGUCUCCAGAGUGGCAAACGAUAUCGAUUGAGUGGGCAGGGACCUGAGCGGUCCACGCGGCCCAAGGAUGUGGAGCAUGUUUUGUAUGAAGGUAACGAGAGAUCCUUUUUAUCACGUUUUACUGCCACAGUCGCAACAAAAAUUAAUAAGGUGCGCUCAAAGCGCUUCGCUAAUCUCACUCAGCAGCGUGGGUGGGGUGCACCCACAAGCCCCGCCACGCCUUCUCUAACGCAGACUGAUGACUCACGGUCAGAGGAGCAGUUUGAGUUUGUGGAAGAGGUUAUCCCGGUGGAAUUUCAAACCCCUCGCAUUUCAGAACCCAAGGGCCGUGCAAUGGGACCACCACUCACAGCAGAGAUGUGGAAUAGCUGCUUUAUUGGUGAGGAACGUCGCAUUGAUAGGACCCGCUACGCUAACGCGAUGGAAAUUGCCUACAGAGGUGGAAUAGAAAAGAAAAUACGGCUGGAGGUCUGGUGCUUUGUGCUUCACGCGUACCCGGACUUGUUUGACUCCACAGAGGCCCAGCGACAAUCCGUGCGUGACAGCUAUAAGACUAUGUACGAACAACUCAAGGGGCAGUGGGAAAGUGUAUUUCCACUACAAGAGGCCAACUUUUCCGCCUUCCGUGGAAUGCGUGUGGCGAUUGAAAAGGAUGUGGUGCGCACGGAUCGAUCUCAUGAGGCCUAUUUGGAUGCAAACGGCGUGAAGCAGCGCAUGCUCUACAGUGUGUUAAUGACACACGGAAUGUUAAACUUCGAUUUAGGUUAUUGCCAGGGGAUGAGUGAUGUACUUUCACCCAUUGUCCUUCUUGCUGAGACAGAGGAGGAGGCCUUUAUGUGUUUCUCCCGUUUCCUCUCUGAGCGUUGUGAGGGAAAUUUUUGCAAUAAUGUUAAAGCGGGUAUGGAGCAGCAGCUUCAACAACUGCAGGUACUGGUUCGAGUUUUCAUUCCACAGCUUUACAAUCAUAUGGUGAGGCAAUGUGUACAGGAUAUGUCAUGCUGUUUUCGUUGGCUGCUGAUGCUGUUUAAACGCGAGUUUCCUAUGAAUGACACAAUGCUGCUAUGGGAUGUCAUUCUGAGUUGCCCCUACACGUCACAAUUUGAACUAUUCAUCACUGCAGCGCUACUGAAGUCCUUGUCACCGCAGAUACUUGAGCAGCACCUGAUGUAUGAUGAACUGCUGCAGUUUACAAACAACAUCGCUGGUAGGUUAGACGUCCGGCACGUGAUUGUGUUGGCGCAUGACUUUUACGAUGAGGUUGCUAAGAGUGUCAUGACGCUGGAGAGGCAAGAGGCCGCGGUGAGGAACUACCGGCCGGCACUAAAAGAAAUUAUUUCUCUACUGAGGCGUGCUGAAAUGGAGGAUCCCCGUGCCGUUGCGGGGUGCGCGUUUGAAUAG